AUGAUGAAAAAAAUGAAUGACUCCCACCAGGCAUUCCUUGCAGCUGCACACUAUGGCAGGGGCCAUGUUGUGGUACUUGCUCAUGAAAACUUUUUCCAAGCAUCAGCAAUGAAAACCUUUAUCCUCAAUGCCAUUGGUUGGCUUGAUGCUGGGAAGGGAGGACAAGUUGGUAUUGCUGGUGAUCUGCAGGAUUUUUUCACUUUCCUAAGCCAGGAGAAGAACCCUUGCAAGCUAAUGGAUCUUAAGGAAAACCUGAGUGUGUACUGCUGCAAAGCUUACAGUGAUGAGGAGGUGGAGAAGAUUCAUGAGUUUGUUUCAAGGGGCGGUGGUCUGCUGAUUGGAGGACAGGCAUGGUCCUGGGCUGCAGCGAAUGCUGAUGAGAAUGUCAUUGCUGAGUUUCCUGGGAACAAAAUACUGCAAAAGUUUGGAGUUGGUAUCUUAGGAGAUAACAUACUACCAUCAAGUCAGCCAGUCUUACAUCCUGAUGCGAUUUUCUUACAGUACCACUUUCGCAAGGCACUCUCCCAAUUUCAGCAAAACCUCAAGAAAAAAGAAGCUCUAAAGCCACCAUAUUCCUCCUGGCUCAAGAAAUUAGCACAGGACUCAAGAGUGUUCCUGAGGAUUCCAGCACAGACCUCCCUAGCUAUCUGCUUUGUUCAGAAGGAGAUGGCUGAGCUAGUGCUUUCCCAGGGGGUUCCUGAUGUCAGUGCUGACAGCCCAAUCAAAGGCAGCUCUGAGGAAAUGGUUUUACUCAACAUAGCUCUCGAGCUCUAUGACAACUUCCCUGAUGUACAAAACCAAAUGUGUGCUCCCAACCAAAAUCUUCCAGAAAUGACUACAUUCCCAACUGUAACUGUUCAGAUUGAUGGAAGAAAUGAAGGUCCAGAAGCAUGGAGAAGCACUGGGCUUUGUAUUCCUCCCAGAAGAAUAGCCACUCUACAUUUUCCUGCUUCUGCUGUUGCAGCUAACGUGAAGGUGAACAUUGCCCUUUGUUUCUCAUUACAGUGCAGACUGGCUGUCACCACUGAUGACCUCAGCUAUGCUGCAGAGCUGAAGCGGCCUCCAUUGGUGGUAAAGAAGUUCAAAGUUGAAAAAAACACCAUGGAAGUCUCUAGUCUGUGGGGUGGCCUCAUAUAUAUCAUAGUGCCGAAGGAGAGCACAUUAGGCCAAAUAUCAGUCACAAUUAAAGAGGCUGUGCAGGCUCCAUUCUUCAGGCUUG